AACACAGGAGUAAUUAGUCGGUUGUUAACGAUCUGUUAUUUUCAGUGUGUCUGAGAGCGCUGUCGUCCCAACCGCCGGAAGUCUGCAUGAAGCUGCGUCUCCUACAGAGGCUACGGCGUCGACGUUUUUUUUUUCUGUCUUGGGGUUUUUUUUUUUUAUUCGAGACUUUUUUUUUCUCUUUUUUUAUUUUCUCUCAGCGAGAUGAGCAGGGAGCGAGGAAUGGAGGCGUAGGGAGCCAGGAUGUUUGUGUGUUUACUCAGCGACAAGCUAGUUAAGCUGUAUGAAUGUUCACACGGGCCUCCUUGUAGCUAAUGCAAGCCAGCGAACAAAAGGGAGAAAAUUAAUGGAGGCAAGUUAGCUAGCUCCCUCUUGUCUUCUUGCGUUAACCUGCUAACGCUAGCCAUGUUUGUUUACAACCCAGAUAUCUCAUUAAGCUCCUGGCAGCUGGUUAGGUGCAGUGGAAAACAUGCAGGCUGAGUGCUUUGCAAGGGGGCUCCCUUAUUUAAACAACUGCUGACAAAAGUCGUAUUUACAAGAUUUCAUCAAUCACUGCUAACCACAGCCUUUAGCUUAGUAGCAGUGCCACAGUUUUGGAGCCAGCUUGUGUCCCUCGUCAAAAAUGGCUCUCUAGAGCACUGAAGCAUUGACUUUUUAUUACACUAAUAACGGCCGUUAAGUUGCCAGACAGCAACAGUCUGUGGGAAAUUAAUGCAUUUGCAUCAAAAGCUUGCUUUCUCAUUUAUUUAUAGGUUGUGCAACUGCAGAGGGAUUGGAGGCUCAUGAAAAACAACGUUAAUCAUGCUUUGAGUUAUGCAUUGCUAAUGUUUUGCAUGAGAUAAAUUGUGUAUAAGUGUAUUACUUUGUUAUGUUGAAGUUUAUUUUUCAUGGGCCUAUACUCCUAAAAUGUUAUCAGUUAUGUUAAAUGUUAAGCUUUACUAAGGUGUGAUAACAUGCAUGCUUUUCUUGGUAUGUAAGCGAUAUGGCUAUACAUGGCAUUGGUGAUCUGCACAUGCAUAUGGAAAAACCAAACCUCAGAACCUUUUUUACUAUUGGUCUAUAGCAAUAGCGAAGUAUGUUGCAAAUAAAGUGCAAGUGCAUGUGAAAAUAGAACAAUGAAACUAUGAAACUUCCUUCUUUGUGCUACAGAAAACAUGUUGCCUAUGUGUCAGUGGGAGGUGAUGAGGAAGCAGAAGAUCAGAGGUUUGAUAAUGAAAAGAUAGACAGUAGUCUUGUAAACAAAAUAAUGGACGAUUCCCAUUUCAACUCGUCAUACUUUUGGUCUCCCGUCCCCACUGUACAAGGACAGAUCGAGAACGCCAUGUUCCUGAACAAGGCAAAGGAGCAGCUGGGUCCAGAGAAGGCCAAUGCGCCCUCCUUCCCUCACUCCUCUGCGUCUUCCACCUCCUCCCCCCACUACCCCACGGCUGUGCUCGCCAUCCCCGGGUCAAUGGACGCAGGGGCCGGCUUGCGGGUUGUGCCCAAACAGGAAGGAGGUGGUGGGAGUGCAGGAGGAGGUGGUGGUGGCAGCGCACCUUUAAGUGUGGUCGGGGGACACCUGCACCAGUCGCACACCUCCCAGAACAUCACCGUUGUGCCUGUUCCCUCUACGGGUAUCAUGACUGCAGCGGGUUUAGUGAUCACCACCCCUCAAGGCACACUGGUCCCCACUGCCUCCACGCAGUCAUUUGUAGCUGGACCCCACACUGCCACCACCAUGAUAGUGUCUGCAUUGCACCCCUCAAAUACAGACAAGAAGGAGGACAUUGCUGUCCCCCCUGCAGUUGUCAUGCCGACGCCGUCAAAGCGAGGCAGGAAGAGCAAACAGAUGAUGGGAAGAGUGGCCGCUGGAGUGGGUGGGGUCCUCCCUCCAGGAAGCGAUGCAUUAAUAUUGGCGCACCUCGCUGCUAGUGGACAGCACCACACUGCUGACCCAUAUGACCUGUCAAAUGAUGAGGAUGAUCAUACCAACAAAGACGGCCCCAAGUCCUACAGGUGUCGGAUGUGUGCAGUGACUUUCUUCAGCAAGUCAGACAUGCAGAUCCACGCCAAAUCCCACACCGAGGCCAAGCCCCACAAGUGCCCCCACUGCUCCAAGUCGUUUGCCAACUCCAGCUACCUGUCCCAGCACAUCCGCAUUCACAGCGGGGCCAAGCCCUACACCUGCACCUACUGCCAGAAAACAUUCAGGCAGCUCAGUCACCUACAGCAGCACACACGAAACCACACUGAGGCCAAGCCCCACAAGUGCCCCCACUGCUCCAAGUCGUUUGCCAACUCCAGCUACCUGUCCCAGCACAUCCGCAUCCACACCGGGGCCAAGCCCUACUCCUGCUCCUACUGCCAGAAAACAUUCAGGCAGCUCAGUCACCUACAGCAGCACACACGGAUUCACACCGGUGACCGACCGUACAAAUGUAACCACCCAGGCUGUGAAAAGUCUUUCACUCAGUUGUCCAACCUACAGUCUCACCGUCGGCAGCACAACAAAGACAAGCCGUACAAGUGCCACAACUGUAACCGAGGUUACACAGAUGCUGCGAGCCUGGAGGUGCACCUUUCCACACACACCGUCAAACAUGCCAAGCUGUUCUCCUGUGGCCUCUGUAACCGAUCCUAUACCUCGGAGACUUAUUUAAUGAAACACAUGAGGAAGCACAACCCCGACCCGCUAACAGUGGCAGCAACAGUAGCUGCUCAGCAGGCCCAGGGCCUAACGCCAGGCGGAGGAGGUGGCAGGGGCCGAGGGCGUGGCCGAGGGAGAGGAGGAGGGAGCAGAGCGGGCCAGCUCCAAAGCCAGACCAAUCCUAACAACGCCAACCAGAACCCUAACAACCCUGGACCUCCAGGCAGCUACCAGUCGCACCAGCAGCCCACAGAAGCUGUGGUUCAAUGUCCAUUUGACAUGCAUCAGUACAAGACAGUGUCAGCCAGUGAGAUCCAGUACAAACCAGUCACUGUGGCGGACCUGCCAGUGGCCCACAAAGACCUCUGCCUCACCGUAUCUACAUCAGCCAUACAGGUGGAGCACAUGAACUCAUAGGCUGCGUCUUCCCACCCUGUUCAAGGAAUUACUAAUUGUGUCUGCAGUGUAAAAAGGUCCACAUGAACGAGUAUUUUUUUUAAUUCAGUAUUAUAUUCUUCUUAAGCAAGAAAAAAAUGGCUAGUAGGUGGGAAAAGGUAUCAUUUGGUUUGCUGAUGUAACAAGACACUCUGAGUGACAUUAUUUUGAAAGGGGAUGAUUGGGUAAUGUUUAAAGGUACAUCUAAAAUGUUAUUCACCCAAUGCCAGUUUUUUCCUUCAUUUUAAGAAGAUUUAAUUCUGAGUACAGCAUUAAAUUACUUGGUAGAACACAGAUAUUUUACAAUGAGCAAGUAUCUCUCAGUAGAAAUGCUGGUCUAGGACACGAAUAUAAGCGGUUCAUUCUUUCAUACAGUUUACCAAAAUCUAAUCUGAGAUCAAGUUUUGGCUUUUAUAUCAUAAAUGAUAUGGGGAUUAAAUCCAGUCCAGUCUUUUUCAUUCUAAUUUCAAACUUUGAGUCAUUGGACCAGUCAUCAACUUACUUGCUCUGUAAAACUCACUGAUCCUAAACCAGCAGUCCUCUGAGAAACUUGACAAAAGAGGCCCUAUUCUUUUUUUAUUGCAUUGUUCGCAAUCGGCAUCAUCGGAGGAUGAAGGUGUAAAUUAUCUGUAAAAUAAUAAAUUACACUCUUCUCUGCACGUUUAUGGUCCAGAGAAUGAUGUAAUUUUAUGAGCACAUUCAGAUCACAUUAAUCUGAACAUUCUCCAUUAUUUAGUUCAAGCCAAAUCAAGAGGGAGAAACAAGACAAGGAAUCAGUGAUGAAAGACUGCAGGGCUUCAUAACAGCAGCUGAUACUGCUCUGAAAAAUGAGGAAGGACUAAGUAAAUAAGUUUUAAUGGCAUGUCAGGGUGCCGCGGACAAGAGAGGCUGGAUCAAAAAGGCUGCAAUGGAGCCUGAGAAAAAGACCACAAAAGAAGAGGGGCAGCAGAAAGAAAAGGAUGAGAUGAGGCUAGAACCUGGGAAUCUCACAUUGCUCAUUUGAAACACAAACAUGAUGUCCGUAUUUACAUCCACCUUCCCUCAGACAGCAAGGAGUCAAGGAACUAUUUCCUUGUCGAAGCCCAAAGUAUUGAACAAAAGAGACGGGCCGGUUCAAGAAUGCACUAAAUAUGAGGAAUCUGCAGCAGAGCGAGACGGAAACACGAAAGAGAAAAGAUGUCGGAAGGGGUGGGAGGAGUCAUAGAGAAAGCACUUGAUGAAGCUUGUACUUCAUGUCUAUGUUUGUCAUCAUUGUACUUUUUUUUUUUAAUAUAUAUCGUGUAUGUAUUUUUCUACCAACAGAGGAACGUGUGAACAAACUGAGAGAGAAAGCAAAGUGAGUGCAUGAAUGUGAAAGGAACAGAGAGAAAAGUCCUUACAAAAUGUUUUUCCCCCCAUUUUUUUUGUUACUAUUCAAAGAAAGACAGUUUAUUAUCCCCCAAGGAGUAAAGACAGCCCAUCUCGUCAUUGUCAGGGCAGUUGUUAGGGAAAUAAUGAUUGUGUGACAAAUGGCUGACAGGUACUGUUAUCAAUCUUUUUUUUAAAGAACUUUUCAUACAUAUUAUUACUACUUUCAUUAUAACUGUAUUGCAAAUGUUAUCCACAUUAUCAAUCUGAGGCAUUAUUUUAUUGCAGUAUGCUGUACAUAAAAUAGAUAGAAAAUACUUUUUCAUCUGUAAAAGGGAAGUAUGUCCUGUGUAAAGCAUAUAUGGAAACUAAAGGAACUCAAAUUAACAAGUACCAAAUCACUGGCCGUGCCCCAGGUCACCUCUAAUGCUGAUGGAUCAUAACCUUAAUGCUCAGCAGAGUUGGUAAAGGAAUGAUAAAAUCCACACCUAAGACGUUUGGGAAUUGCCCAAAAAGUUGGUUAAACUAUGGGAAAUAUUUUUUUCUCUCUUUAUGUAAUGAAGUAGGAUGCAGUAUUUCUUGCAGUUUGAGCCACACUUGCCGAUUACACUCAAUGAUAUUCAUUGUAAUUAUGAUCAAACCUGAAACAGUUUGAUCAAGUAAACUGUGUUUUAUUUGUUGGAUUAAUUAACAGAGGUUGUUAUUAGGCUUAUUAGACAAGAUUGUUGUGGCUGCAACCUAAAAAACAUUUUUUUUAACAUUGGUCCCAUAUGAAUUCCUUCAUGAACAUUUUUAAAAGUGAUCUGAGAGUAUAUCUAAAAGAUUAAACAUUAAACAUGGCUGUGAUGUAGGUGACCUGGGACACAGGUGCUAUGUUUUUUUGUGCACAAGCUAUCUCUACCCAAUCAAAAUGUUCAAGCAGCCUGUAAAAAUGGCUGAUUGUCUUCAUGUAUACUCCUCCUCGUAUUUCAUUGUGUCUUUUUAUGAAAAAUAACACAUUCUCAAUAAUCUUGUUAAUAUUAUUACUGAUGCUCCUGAUAAUAAUACAGUUAUUAACUGCCCUCUUAUGCUACACUAUUGCAUACUGUAUGCACAGUUACACCUCUUGCUCAUCUGUUUCUUCCCUUAAGGAGAAUAAAGAUCAAAUGAGUUCAUAUGAAAAGA